AUGAGUCAUUGUCUGUUACAGAGCAUAGGAAACAUUCCCCUAAAUUCCUGUGUUUCCUUCCCUCUACUUGCAAGGUUUGAACUAGGGAAAGUUCUUGUCUGUGACUCGUUCAUGAACUCCGAAACUAAGGACUCCCUCGUCAACUUCUAUGCCAAGUCCCACCACUUAAUCGAAGCCCACCUUGUAUUCGAAGAAACCGAAGUUAAAGACAUAGUCUCAUGGAACGGCCUCAUCAAUGGCUACUCUCAGUUGGGGACUCCCAAAUCUUCAUCCUCAGUCAUGAAAUUGUUCAAGCUUAUGAGGAAAGAGAAUACUUUCCCCGAUGCCCCCACUUUUGCCAGAUUUUUUUUCUGCGGCGUCGAUUUUGAUGGACCCAUUUUCCUUGUUUGUGAUGCGCGUAAAGUGUUUGAUAGAAUGCCCGAGAGAAAUUCGAUUUCUUGGGCUACGAUGAUUCCUAGGUAUGCUAUGCAUCGGUUUGCUGGUUAUGCUUUGGAGGUUUUUAGGAUGAUGACGUGGGAGGAAAAGGAAGAUGUGAAUGAGUUUGUGGUAACUAGUGUUCUUAGUGCUUUUACCUUGCCAAAAUUUAUUGAUAUUGGUAAGCAAAUUCAUUGUCUUGCUGUGAAAAAUGGGUUGUUAUCAGUUGGAAAUGCUGUCGUUACCUUGUAUGCAAAGUGUGGAAACUUAGAUAACUCGCUGAAAAUGUUUGAGCUUUCGAGUGAGAAGAACUCUAUUACGUGGUCUGCGAUGAUCACUGGGUAUGCACAAAGUGGCAAUGGUGAGAAGGCAUUGAAAAUGUUCUCGGAUAUGCAUUUUUCUGGGAUGAGGCCUAGUGAAUUCACUCUUGUUGGGGUGCUCAAUGCUUGUAGUGAUGUUGGUGCUACUGUAGAAGGAAAGCAGUUGCAUGGCUAUUUGAUAAAGUUGGGUUUUGAAUCUCAGAUAUAUAUUAUUACGACAUUAGUUGAUAUGUAUGCUAAAUGUGGCAAUGUGGGUGAUAUAACUUAUAACCCAGUUGGUGGGAAUGUUUUCCUCCAGGAAAGGGAUGGAGGAUAA